AUGAUAAUCGGACCACCACGUGCGCAAGAUCGCAACACGGUUGCUGGAGAAGGCGUUUUUCUGUCAAUAUCUCAACCGCUGGUCGCAUCUGAACCUGCUCGAAAACGAAAGAUACGGCAAGCGCCACUUACAAUUUUUGGAGUACGCAAUUGGCCUGCGGAAUUUGGUCAUCUCAGACUUCGAAAAGGCGAUAGAGUGCCAGUAAUAAAUCGACAGCAAAAGGAUCCAUUUGCUGGAAUUGAAAUGGAUACAGAAGCUUCGUUAGAAGAUACAGCGAAAACAAGAGAAAUACAUAUUGGAGAUGCUGCUGAGCCAGAACCAGCAACGCUAGACUCACCAACUUCCACAACAAUGUUUGUUUUCAUUUGCCAAAACGUUUGUUUUCUGGUGGAUGGUGUUGGAAGUGUUAACUCUGUGUUUUAG